AUGGCGUCUCCGUCCGAUCGCCACCAUGCCGAACGACCCAAACCCUAUGAAGAUGAAAAUCAACCUAAACCAAGUCCCCCUCCAGAUGGAAACCACAGCUCUGGGUCGCCGCCGCCGCCGCCGCCAUCGACCAGACACCAGGACACCGCCCCCAACAACUACCCCCACCAACCCCUUCCCGGCUACCCUCCUCCGGUGAUGGGCUACCCCCCGCCCUACCCUCCUCCCCACGGUGGCGGCGGCGGCGGCGGCGGCGGCUAUCCUUACGGUACACCCCCUCCACACGUCGGAUACUACCCCACAAACCACCCCAAUUACUACCCUUCCCAAGUACCGCCACAGCGCACCUCAGGCUUCGCACGCGGAAUCCUUGCGGCCCUUACUUUUCUCGUGGUGGCAUCGUGCACCAUCAGCGUCAUCAUGUACAUCGUCCUCCGCCCCCAGAUCCCGGAGUUCUAUGUCACCGCCUUCUCCGUAACCAACUUCAACAUCUCGAACUCGGUCCCGAUGGGCAGCUGGGACGCCAAUGUCACCGUCGACAACAAGAACCAGAAGCUCAAGGCCUACUUCGAGCGGAUCCAGAGCUACGUAUACUACGACGACCCAAGGACCUUUCUCAGCUGGAGCACAGAACCGGCGUUUUCCCUGGAGAGGAAGACGAGCGGCGUCAUCCACGCGAAGAUGACGACGAUAGAUGGGGAGCAGCCAAGAGCCGCGGCAUUGGAGGAGAUGGAUGAGGAGCGGCGGAAAGGGACGGUGGUUUUCGGGCUGGGGCUUGGGUUGAUGGGGACGUUCAAGUCCGGGUGGUGGUGGACGAGCCACUUUGGCAUGAGGGUUUACUGCGACGGCUUGGAUGUUGGGUUCGUCGGGGCUUCGGGAACGGGGAGCCUGAGGGGCGGAAACCCUAGGCAGUGCGUGGUGUACGUGUGA